UGUGCCCUAAUAAUUAUAGCACGUAUCUAUUUGAAACAUAAUUUAAUGUUAGAACUAUUUAUUAACAGAAUAGCGAUGGUGUACUGAGUGUAAAAUCACACAGUUGUUUCGUAGCAGUUUAUAUGUCAUGGUUAACGUGCCGUGGAUAUUUAGAAGUGCUUGUGAACUUUGUUGAUAAAUAUUAAAAUGAGUACGUCCUCACAAGGACCUGGGGAUAACAGAAGUGAAACAACAUCUGAGACUGCACAGUUAGUCAGCCACGAUGAUUUAGCUUCGACUUCCAAUUAUACUCAGUUGAACAGAUCUAUUAACUAUCAAGACCCUCUAGAAGAUGAAUUUGAAGGCAGUCAUGGUGUCAGGCGGAGAAACACAGUGCAGAAGAUUGAGCCUGGGUCAACAAAUAUACUCUCUGCCAAAUUUGAAAGCUUGGACUACGACACCUGCGAGAACCAUCCCCUCCUCGACGAGGAGCGGAAGAGGGGCUACGCCUUCGUCAUAUGGAAGGACAUCACUCGCUGGUUCAUCUUCCUGCUCAUCGGAAUCAUCACGGCGUUGAUAGCGUUUGUCAUCGAUGUUUCUAUAGAAGAAUUCUCCGAGAUUAAAUAUAGGGAGCUUAAGAAAUCUGUGGAUGCCCACUUGCCACACAGAAUGUACGUCCCAUACUUGCUAUGGGUGUUAUCAAACAUUUGCAUAGUUUUCAUAGGUUCUGUGCUCGUCGCGUACGUUGAGCCAGUAGCAGCUGGCAGCGGGAUACCACAAGUAAAAUGUUACUUGAACGGAGUUAAAGUGCCGAGAGUCGUCCGCAUCAAAACGCUGUUUGUGAAAACCAUCGGCGUGAUCACUGCUGUGGUCGGAGGCCUCGCUGGAGGCAAGGAAGGUCCGAUGAUUCACAGUGGCGCGGUGGUAGCGGCUGGCAUUUCGCAAGGCAAGAGCACGACCUUCAACAAGGACUUCAAGAUCUUCCACUAUUUUCGAGAAGAUCACGAAAAGCGUGAUUUCGUGUCGGGUGGCGCCGCGGCCGGCGUGUCGGCUGCCUUCGGGGCACCCAUUGGGGGAGUACUGUUUUCAUUAGAAGAAGGCACAAGUUUCUGGAAUCAGGCGCUGACAUGGCGGACGUUCUUCGGCACCGUGGUCUCCACGUUCACGUUGAAUUGCGCGCUUUCCGCGUACCAUGGGCGUGCGGGGGAACUUAGUUAUCCAGGCCUCCUGAAUUUGGGAAAAAUGGAGCCGUUCCCGUUCCAGUUCUAUGAGUUGCCCGUGUUCAUGUUCUUCGGCGCCGUGGGGGGAUGUCUCGGCGCCCUGUGGAAUCACAUAAACUAUAAACUCUCCGUCUUCCGAAUUAGGUACAUAACAGCGCCGUGGCUACGAGUGGUGGAGGCUUGCCUAGUGGCGGCUGCAAGCGCGACCGUCGGCUUCCUCAUGAUGUACGCGCUCAAUGACUGCCGUCCUCUAGGCGAAGACCCUACUAAAGUACCGUUACAGCUGUACUGCGCCGACGGCGAAUACAACGCGCUCGCCGCAGUCUGGUUCCAAACGCCCGAAGCCUCCGUGCGCUCGUUCCUGCACAACCCCAUCGGCUCAUACAACCCAUGGUCCAUACUCGUGUUCGUGUUCUGCUACUUCCUACUGUCCGCGUGGACGUUCGGACUAGCGGUGUCGAGUGGUCUGUUCAUUCCGAACCUGCUCUGUGGCGCGGCUUGGGGCCGCCUGCUGGCUAUCCUGAUACAGCUCAUGGCACCUAAGAAUACGAUAAUAAACCCGGGGAAGUACGCCCUAGUCGGCGCGGCGGCUCAGCUCGGCGGGGUGGUCCGUAUGACCAUAUCACUGACGGUUAUUAUCAUAGAGACCACAGGGCAGAUAUCCAACGCACUGCCGAUCAUUAUCACACUGGUCGUCGCUAAGUGGGUUGGAGACUUCUUUAAUGAGGGAAUAUACGACAUCCACAUUCAGCUAGCGGGCGUCCCAUUACUCCCAUGGGAGCCGCCGCCGCUCGCCCACAACGUGUACGCCUCAGAAGUGAUGUCGCACCCCGUCUUCACGCUCCGCACCAUAGAAAACGUUGGCCACGUGGUGGAGCUGCUCAAACUGGUGUCGUACAACGGUUUCCCGGUCGUUGACCCGCCUCUGGCUGAUGACCAAGAAGUGCACACAUACAAGCGUCUCCGAGGCCUAAUACUGCGCUCGCAGCUGAUCGUGCUCCUUCAGAACAAGAUCUACAACGAGAACGAACACGAGAACGCGAACACCACGUGGGCCAGCUUCAACGUGGACAUGAACAUGUUUCGUAAGGAGUACCCGCGGUACCCGUCCAUCAACGAUCUGGAGAUAUCCGACUGGGAAAAAACCUGCACGAUAGACCUACGACCAUUCAUGAAUCCGUCCCCGUACACGCUGCCUACUCGCGCGUCGCUGCCGCGGCUCUUCCGGCUGUUCCGAGCCCUAGGCCUGCGCCAUCUGCCUAUAGUCAAUGACGUCAACGAGGUGGUGGGGAUGGUGACUCGCAAAGACAUUGCCAGGUACCGCGUCUGGAGGCAUCAUUUCAGCAUGGGAAUGGAGGAGUUAGUACUCUCCAGUGAAAUUUAAUUAAUUUAAUUAUGUAGUCAAAAAUUGUGUUGAAGUUAAGCGACAAAUAAUUACAAGUGAAUUAGAGUUAGACCAAGAAAAGUCUACAACGAUUUUAAUACCAUACGCAUAUGUUUAAAAUAACACUUGCACUAGUUGACCUGUGUGUGCUAUCAAAAUUUUUGCAGAUUUUUGUUGGUCUAACUCUAUCACUUACUCGUCUUUCAGUAGUGAGGCACAGGAACUCGAUUCUAAUCAGCUUAACUAUUUUAAAAUAACAUUAUCAUACCAUAUAUUCUAUUAAAGAGAAUGAUGUAUGGUUUUUGGAUAUGUGUGAUGCCCUGCCACUGUCAGGUAUCUAAGUUCGAUAUUACUAGAAGUAGUCAUUCUAAUUCAUUACUCCCAUUAUAACUUAAAUGGUAUAUAAGUAUUCUGCCAUUAACAACUUUAUCAAUUAAUUGUCACAUGCCCACUGCCCAGUGAUCUUUGAUUAUCUUAACAAUCGCCAUAAAUACAGGGUCACUAUUUGGAAAAUAUAUAUCUAUAUCUACCUAACCAGUACAUACAGUACUCAUAAGAAAAUUAGAGGCUCAAUAUAGUAUUUCUUAUUAAGAAUUAAAUUAUGUACUUUAUUUUGACGUGAUUGCUAAGUCGGGGCUGUGGGCCUACCGCGAACCACAUUCAAUGUAUUGCCUCUCUUUCACACUUGUAAAUUCGUAUGUAAGUGUGACAGGGAGGUAACACGUCGAAAGUGGUUUGUGGUAGGCCCUCUGUAUGUACAUUGUACACUUGAAACCCCUUGUAAGUCUUUCCUGCACAAGAGGUUAGAUUUGAUUUGAAAACAUUUGUUUGUUUAUGAAUACUAACUAGCAUCUAGAAGCAACACUAUACACAAAGUAUUCAAGAAAUUGUAAAAUAAAAUAAAAUUUUAUCUUUCAUAAACUUAGUCUCAUAUCUGUUGCAAGCCAUUUGAAUGAUAUAUUUCAACAUCAAAGUAAAUUAUGUCACAGAAUUGACAAUAGCAUUAAAAAUGUUAUGGAAACGAAAUCAUAAAAUACAUGAUAGUCAGUUUUUUUGGCACUGAAUGUGUUAAGAAGGUUGGCAUUGAAAAUCUAAGUAUACCUAAUAUAGUUAAAUGGAAGAAAUGUAUAUGAAUAUCAAUUGUGUAUAUUUGAAUUCCAAGGGGCCUGGCAAGAAUUGGCAAUCAUGUAAACUUAGUAUCCUCAUAUAUUAAUAUUGUAAUAUUAUAUGAUUAACCAUUGAAUGAAUGCUGUGCUAGAGUUUAAAUACAGUUGCAUUGGAUUAUUUCCAUGAGUAUUUAUGUAUAAAAUAUUUAUUGCUUGUUUUAUGAAUGUUGUAAUAAAUAUUAUUGUUUAUAUCUGCAUUACAUAUGUAUGUCAAUGUGAUAAUAAUUUUUAAGAAAAUUUUAUUGUCUUAUGAAUAAAAAUGUUUAUAUUGUUUUAUAA